AUGCGUGUUUCAACGGAGAAACUGCAUAUUUCUACGGAGAAAAGGCUUUCCGUGACAGAACAACUGCAAUAUUCCACGGAGAAGUUUGAUUUCCAUGGAAUAACAACACAUUUGUACGGAGAAGGUGCAAGUUUCUACGGAGAAGGGUUGGCCCGUAUGGGCCACC